CGUUACACACGAAGAAGAAGAAGAAGAAGAAGAGGAGGAAGAAGAAGAAGAAGAAAGAAGAAGAAGAAGAAGAAAGAAAAAAAAAGUAUCUCGCGUCUAUUUAUAUUGGGACCAUCUGAGUGUCUGAUAGAGGGGAUUAUGUAUACUUCGUGUCAGAAUUGUGUAUGAAUUUUAUAACAUGGAGAUGGAUCCUGGUCACCCGUUUGAAACCUCUUGGGUGUCUGCGUGUCCCAGAGGCCUCUGGAAAGUCCAGCGAAAGCAGACACACAAAGAGAGUCCACAGACUGUUUCUCAUUCUGGAGAUGGUGCAUCAUGUUCAUCCAGUUACUGUCCAAGGUUGGGUUCACUGUGUCAAGUCCGAGUGCGGCUCAAAGCUGGCCCGGAUGAAGCGGAGAGUUCAGGACCUGAAAAGGGACUCGGGGGGCAGUCAGUCCAACCUGACCAACGGGUCACAGAGACGGACGCCACAGCCUUCCCAAGAUCCCGGAACUCUGUGCUGCAGGUGCCACUGGGUGACUGGACAACAUUGAGGCUGGGAGAGGGUCAGUGCGAUAUCACAGAAACAUGUGUGGAGGGGAUGAGAGCUGGAGAGAAGUGUGAGAUCCUGAUUUCUCCUGUGGGAAAUGGACCAGCUGUCUCUGUCCCCCAUCCUGUUGAAGAAAACAUGCCUUUAUGUGUAACAGUUGAACUCAAAGCUUUCACACCAGGCAAGGAAUCCUGGGAGAUGUCUCCUGUCGAAAAGUGUCAGUGGGUGAAGUCACACAAAGAGACGGGCGGAGUGAGAUUCAGGAGCGGCGAUGUUUGGGGAGCAGCAGACCGCUACAGCCGGGCCCUCAAACUCCUCAUUACUCUCCAUGGCCAUGUUAAAGAGGUGGAGAAGAAAGGACAAGAGCAGGAGUCAGAGGAGCAGAGAGACACAAACACUGGUUAUCAAUUACAUCAACUUCCGACAGCUAAUGAAUUCAAAACCAUUAAAGCAGAGCUCCACUCUAACAUGUCCUUGUGCCAGCUCAAACUGAACCAACCGCGGAGGGCCAAGGUCAGUGCGACUAAAGCUACUCAUCUGGAACCGGGUGGGGCUAAAGCCUGGUACCGGAUGGGCCAAGCCUGCCAGAUGUUGAAUGAGCUGGAGGAGGCCAGACAGGCAUUUAGGAAACUGUUGGAGCUACAGCCAGAAUCACCUGCUGCUCUGAAGGCACUUAAAGACAUAGCAAGUAGAGAGAAAGAGAUAAAUGCACAGUUGGGGCUUAGACUCAGCAAAAUGUUCAGCUGAUAAUUAAAUAUGUUCCAUUUAUUAUCAGAUGUUAUCUCUAGACUGGUAAGUUUCUUCUCAUGAUUCACCAUUUCUUUAAAGCAUAUGUAAAGCAACUACAUCAGCUCAAAAGUAAAGCUAUUAAUCUGAAUGCACAUUUUUCUCCCAACACAUUGCUUCUUGUGUGUGAGAUGCCUGAAUGCCACUUAAAAGUAAAAAACAUGUCAAAAACAAA